CGACGGUGACGUAGAAGUGCAGCGGCCGCGGUGUGAGGGAACAGUCAGGAGUGGCAGCGUUGUUGUGCCGUGCAUCAACUGGAUCCCUCAUAUCAUGCAGUGCUGAGCUGAUGGGAAUUUUACAACUUUAUAAUGUCAAAGACAUCUUGCAGAAGAAAAGUAACUUCUGCUAAGAUCACGGACUGGGUAGAACCAUCCUUUGCAGAUUUCUUUGGCAGCUCAGGCAAAGUCACUUCUAGUGCUUUUGGGGCAUCUAAAAGAGGUGCUGGGAAGAAAGAUGAGUCCACAUUAGAAAACGCAUCCCAGAGCAAAAAGAGAGUACAUCCCUUCUCUGCCAGCCAUUGUAAUGAUGGAGUGAAAGCCACGUCAGACCAGUCUCAGGAUGACCCGUGGAUUGAUAAAUACAGACCCAGUGUUCAGGCAGACCUUGCUGUACAUAAGAAGAAAGUGGAGGAGGUUGAAACCUGGCUAAGAGCUCAUGUUGACAAAAAACAGGGUGGGUCUAUUUUGUUGCUGACUGGCCCUCCAGGUUGUGGAAAGACUGCAACCAUCCUAGUACUUGCCAAGGAGCUGGGGAUCCAAGUGCAGGAAUGGAUCAACCCUUUAAUGGAGGAGUUUAAACAGGAUGAACCACCAAGAAUUUUUGCCCGAGAUAUGGGAUUUCAGAUUUUCCCCAGUCAGUCUCAGUCCGUUCUUUUUCAGGACUUUCUUUUAAGGGCAAAUAAAUACAACAAACUUCAGAUGUUGGGAGAGUCGCCUUCUACUGACAGAAAACUUAUUAUUGUUGAUGAUAUGCCCAACCAAUUUUACAGGGACCCUUCAAAUCUACAUGAUAUUCUCAGGAGGUUUGUAAAGACAGGUCGCUGCCCCCUAGUGUUUAUAAUAUCAGACAGUCUGAGCGGUGACAGCCAUCAGAGGCGACUGUUCCCGAAAGAAAUCCAGGAUGAGUUGUGUGUAUGCAAUAUCAGCUUCAAUCCGGUUGCUCCCACCAGCAUGAUGAAGGUGCUCGGCAGGAUUGCAGCCACAGAAGCUACUACGAGCGGAGGGAAGUUUGCUGUUCCUGAUAAGGAAGCUCUAGAGAUGUUAUGUUCUGGAUGUUCAGGGGAUAUUAGAAGCGCUAUUAACAGUCUACAAUUCUCGGCACUUAAAGAUUCUUCUUUGCCAAGAGACUUGUGGUCUAAGAAGAAGGGGAAACCAUCAAAGGUGUCAAAAACAUCAUCGAAAUUAAAAAAUUCAAAAAAAUCUGAUAAAGUAGGAGACAAAACAGACGUUGUUCAAGCCAUUGGAGGCAAAGAUGCUUCUCUUUUCUUGUUCCGAGCACUGGGGAAAAUACUCCACUGUAAAAGGGAGGCUCCAGAAGCUGACUUGGGCUACCAUAAAUUGCCAACACAUUUAUCGCAAUAUGACAGAGACCUGCUUCUUGUUCUUCCAGAGGCCGUUGUAGAGAAGUCUCACAUGCGAAGUGAAUUAUUUAAUUUAUAUCUUCACCAAAACUAUUUAGAUUUCUUCUCCGAUAUUGAUGAUGUUGUACGAGCCAGCGAUUAUCUCAGUGCUGCCGACGUUCUGACUGGUGACUGGAAUGUCAGAUCCACGCUGAAUGUAUAUAGCUCCUCGGUGGCGAGCAGAGGGAUCAUACACGCCAACAGUUCCAGGGCUUUUGCCAGUUGUCAAUCAGGAGUUGGAUUCCGACCUCUACAUAAGCCACAAUGGCUUCUUGUAAAUAAAAAGUAUCAGGAAAAUACACUUGCUGCAAGAGAACUGUUCUCUAGUUUCUGCUCCUCACCAAUGUGCCUUCAGACCCAGGUGGUACCAUACCUGGCAAAGCUCACAAACCCAUUAAGAAACCAAGCACAAAUUGCAUUCAUCCAGGAUGUUGGCAGGCUUCCCUUGAAGAGACACUUUGGAAGGAUAAGGCUGGAAGCCCUUACCGACAAGGACCCCGGAGUAGCAGAUGUUGACAGUGGUGAUGAGGAGGACCCUGCUCAUGGACAAAGCACUAAAGAAAGUGAAAACAGAGCCAAGACUCAGCAGGGGUCAGGUGGCUCAUUACUUCCUUCCAGCCAAGGAGGAGAUACUGAUCUUCCAACCAGUCAACCUCAACCUGUUACAGCCCAGGCCAUUAUGGAAGAUGAAGAGCUGAGGAUAGAGGAAUUUGACAGUGACUGAUACACGCCAUGUGUAGGAUCUACAUUUGUGUAUUCUUUCUGAACUUAACUGAAACAUUUAUUUUCAUGCAAAUUUGCUGCGUGUCCGGGCAGCCAUGGCUUUAUGCAUUUAUUUUAUAGAAACAGAAACCUAUUACACCAGAAGAUAAAGUUGUCACAUUUCCAUGGUACCUCCUCACACCCAUGUCCACUUGCAGGAACUUGUGCAGACCUCCAUACAGUUUUAUCGCAAGCCAGCGAUCAGAGAAUGUGAAAUGUAGAUUAUGUAAGUUCUGCGCUAAACUAUUUAUGUGAAUAAAAGAAUUCUGUUUUCCAAA